AGGCAUCCUCACACACACACGUUCACUUGUACAGAGCAGCAGAGUCUUGUACGUAUAGUUGUAGAUCAUAUAUCCAUCACGUACGUUCAGGGACAAACAUGUCUCCGGUGAAGGUGUUCGGGCACCCGAUGUUGACAAACGUGGCACGGGUGAUGCUCUUCCUGGAGGAGGUCGGCGCCGAGUACGAGCUCGUGCCCGUGGACUUCGUCGCCGGCGAGCACAAGAGGCCCCAACACCUCCAGCUAAACCCGUUCGGGCAGAUGCCUGGGUUCCAAGAUGGCGAUCUCGUCCUGUUCGAGUCGCGCGCCAUCGGCAAGUACAUCAUCCGCAAGUACGGGACAGCCGGGCUGGACCUCCUCGGAGAAAACAGCGGAAUCGAAGAAUCAGCAAUGGUGGACAUGUGGACGGAGGUGGAGGACCAGCAGUACUACCCGGCCAUCUCGCCCGUGGUGUUCGAGUGCAUCAUCAAUCCCUUCAUCAUGGGUGGCGCGGCGACGAACCAGAAGGUGGUCGACAAGAGCCUGGAGAGGCUCAAGGGUGUGCUGGGGAUCUACGAGGCCCGGCUGGAGAAGAGCAGGUACUUGGCCGGGGACUCCAUCAGCUUCGCCGAUCUCAACCACAUCCCAUUCACCUUCUACUUCAUGACCACCCGGCACGCGUCGGUGUUUGAUGACUACCCCAAGGUGAAGGCCUGGUGGGAGAGCCUCAUGGCCAGGCCGGCGGUGCAGAGGGUGUGCAAGCAUAUGCCUAGCCAGUUUAGCUGCCUACUAACCACUACGCCCUCCAUAAACUAAACUAAUAUGAAAGCUUUUACAUUACUAUAACUAUUUUAGUCUAGUGAUCUAUAAACGCUUUUAUAUUAGUUAACUAAUAUAAGAGCUUUUAGAUCACUAACUAUUUUAGUGUAGUGAUCUAAAUACUUUUAUAUUAGUUUAUAGAGGGAGCAGAUGUUUAUGAGCGCGGGUGUGUGUGUGUGCCGGUGAUGAUUCCGUUUUAGAGAAAGAGACAUCGAUCCCGUGGGUCAUCAUCAGAACUAGCCCGCUUGCGCUUCUGUUCGUGCGAGCGAGCCUGAUUGUGAUUGAUGUACCUACUUAGAUUCCUUGCUUUGUGCACUAGUACCGGUAAAUAAACAACUCGUCAAUGCUAA